AUGAUGGAAAAAAUACGAGUACAAUUUCGAGUGAGGGUGCUGAGGCUAAAGCUCUGGGAAAAAAUCCUAGUCUGCGGAUCGGAUGCAUCACUAGGCGAAUGGGAUCCAUUGAAAGCAUUUCCGCUCAUAAAAAGUCCUACAGACAGAUGGGAAUCCUUCUUAUUACCACGAUCUAUGCAGUUAUUGAAUAAUCAGAACUCUGCUGUAGACGAUAUGUUCGGAAAUUAUGCUGGUAAUUGCCUAGUAUCAGAUGGAUGGAUAAUCCAUAAUGAGGAAAAUGUCGUACUGCUCCGAGUCCAUAGUGAGGCACUGAAGUUCUAUAAAAAUUCCCACAAAGGUAAAGAGCAUCGAGUAAAAGUUGUACCGUUCGACGUGCGCUUCAAAGAGCAAGAAAGCGUGGAUGACGAUGCUUUUCCGGAUACUGAUCCCGUGCUGCCCGACGUGCCCAGUUUUUCCAACACUCAGCUAUCGGUACUAAGCAGAGAGGAUCCUAUUUUUGGUCAGCAAUAUGUCAAUGGUUCGGUAUUCCGGAAUAAAAUUGAUUACCUCAUUUUUAAAACUCACACAGUCUCGCUAGAGCAUUUGGCAUUUCGAAUCGAAUUAUUCCAUGAAAUGGAUCGUAUUGGACUUGCAUAUGCUCUUCCAGCGGCACUACCUGAUCUCUACGGAAAGGCCACUUUUCCCAUUAUUUCUUUGAAAAAUAUUCCCAUUGGACAGAUUGAUAGUAAGUCAUCAACACCACUUUCAACCCCGAAUGCUUCCGGUUCAUAUUUUGGGGAAGCUCUUUCCUGCUGGGACGUAGGGUUUUACCUAUUGCAACUUAUCGUAGCGACAAAUGAAAUUACUGUCGAUGCAGACCGCAUAUACGUUCAAGACUUCUUUGGUGUAGGAAUUAUACACAUUGUUUACUGCUGA